GUUACGAACCGAUGAGCAUGUUAGACGGGAUCGCCGAUUCGAUGCGCGCGUCUCGUUUCCUAGUGGUUUGUCACGGCGUACAUUCCCCUUUGCGUUUCGUUUUAGUUCGGGGGUGCUGCGCGAACCGUUUGUUUCUCGGGUUGAUCUUUGUGAAAGGACGAGCUCUGGGAUUGAUUGCUGAGGGAGGAGAGCUUAGGUAGGCACUCGCCAGUGCAGCUGAAAUAUGGAAUCGUUAUCAGGUGUUGCCUUUAGUUCUCAAUUUGUAUCUCGAGAAAAGUGGCGUGGUCCAUAUAUUUAGGAAAGAGGGAACCGGGAGAAGUUGUGUGCCGGAAUUGAAUCCGACAAUCCUGGAAUUGAAUCCAACAAUCACUGGCUUUGGUGUUCGGGGGAGGAUGUGGAAUCAGCACCUCGCGGUGGUUGGGUUGCUGAUGAGUAUUGUUGGUGGAUGGUCCAUCAAACAUCUGUCUUGCAUAAGAUGGAUAGGUUUUGUCUGUGUCUGCAUCUGCAUCUGCAUUAAUCUAUGCUAGCUAUUGCGGGAGAGAGGUUUUUAUGUUCACUUCUGUGCCUUGCUGGCAAAGUGACGAUUCUCUCCAGGGGUACUGGAAAAGACAGUUAUUUUUUCGGGAGAAGGUUUCGCAGCUAAGUAGAAGAUGAGAAUAUGAGAUAUCCUUUUAAAUUGUUUCUCAAAAGAGUUUUUCUCCAUGUAUUUUUGUUGAUGAAGAGAACUGGAGUGUCUGGAGGCAUGUAUUGACCCUGAGCUGAAUGUACAAGGAAAAUUCCUCGAGAUUUGACCGAGGCAUCAGUCUCGGGCGCAGGUCUAUCCAUUGUAGCUGCUCUUGCCAUGAUGUUUUUAUUUGGGAUGGAAUUGAGUAAUUAUUUGUCUGUCAGCACCUCUACAUCCAUUGUAGUUGAUAAGAGCUCUGAUGGGGAAUUUUUGCGAAUUGACUUUAAUAUCAGCUUUCCCUCACUCUCCUGUGAAUUUGCAUCGGUUGAUGUGAGUGAUGUGUUGGGAACAAACAGGUUGAAUAUAACCAAAACAGUGCGUAAAUUUUCUAUUGACCGAAAUAUGAAAAUUACUGGCCCUGAGUUCCACUCUGGUCCAGUUGCACAUGCCAUUAAGCAUGGAGAUGAAGCUGAUGAGGAAUAUGCUGAAGGUUCUGUUCCGUUAACUUCUGAUAAUUUUGAGAGAGUUUCACACCAGUACCCAAUUUUGGUCGUUAAUUUUUUUGCUCCUUGGUGUUACUGGAGCAAUCGCCUGAAACCAUCGUGGGAGAAGGCUGCUAAGAUAAUAAGAGAGAGAUAUGAUCCAGAAAUCGAUGGACGUAUUCUUUCAGGAAAGGUUGAUUGCACUGAACAACCAGAAUUGUGUCGCAGGAAUCACAUACAAGGGUAUCCAUCCGUUCGUAUUUUCCGUAAGGGAUCUGAUAUUAGGGAGGACCAUGGACACCAUGAACACGAGUCGUAUUAUGGAGAUCGAGACACAGAGAGCCUGGUUAAGAUGAUGGAACAGCUGAUUGCACCAAUUCCAGUGGAGUCUGAGAAGCACGUUUCAUCUACUGAUAAUUCAACAGAUAAAAUAAAAAGACCAGCUCCUUCAUCGGGAGGCUGCAGAAUUGAAGGAUUUGUACGGGUAAAGAAGGUCCCUGGCAGCCUUAUCAUCUCAGCUCGUUCAGGAGCCCAUUCUUUUGAUGCUUCGGAAAUGAACAUGUCACAUGUCAUAUCACAUCUGUCAUUCGGUAGGAAGAUUAUCCCUAGAGUGAUGAGUGAUGCAAAGAGGUUGAUUCCUUAUCUUGGUGGAAGCCACGACAGACUGAAUGGCCGAGCAUUUAUUAAUCAUCGCGAUAUAGGUGCAAAUGUAACUAUAGAACAUUAUCUUCAAAUAGUCAAAACAGAGGUGUUAACUAGAGGGUCCCACAAAUUACUUGAGGAGUACGAGUAUACGGCCCACAGCAGUUUGGUGCAGAGUCCAGACAUACCUGUUACGAAAUUCCAUUUCGAGCUCUCUCCCAUGCAGGUUUUAAUCACAGAAAACUCCAAGUCCUUUUCGCAUUUUAUCACAAAUGUUUGUGCAAUUAUUGGAGGUGUUUUCACGGUUGCUGGUAUAUUGGACUCAAUUCUUCACAACACAUUUAGAUUGAUGAAAAAAGUGGAGUUAGGCAAAAAUAUUUAACUGAACUGUCGAAUGUUGUUUAUGCGGAUACUCACGAUUUUGCCAUACCAGAUUCAGCUGUGAGUAUUUUUGCUGAAAAGGAAAACGCUUGUUGCAUGUAUGAAUGGUUAUUACAGUUGCUAGUGUAUUGUAGGAGAAUCUGAAGAAAGACUGGUGUCAAAGAAACACAGAUUACUCAUUUGCGUGACUUCUAACGAAAAGACUCGAGAUCAUUUAACUUG